AUGCCGACGCCUCCUGCCUCCGCAGACGCCGCUCACAACCUCUUCAUCGCCUCUAUCUGCCGUCGCUGGCGGCGACUGGCUCAGAGGCACGUCUCGACGCUGCUCGUGAAGGAUAACCGCGUCGUGUCUCACCGCGAUGUGCUCAACGCGGUCGCCUGCUUUCCCCGGCUGACCCAUCUGCAUCUCUCGGAUUUCAGCGUUGAGACGUCGGAUGACGCGUUUCUAGCUGAUCUCGCCCUUUCGUGCCCUGGGUUGAGAGCGCUGCACGUGGGGUGGGAGUACGAGGGACAGCAUGGAAGGAAUGGCCGCGUGAUAACAGAAUCGGGAUUGGACUUUUUCUUCCGUCACUGCUCUCAACUGGAGAAGCUGUCGCUGUGCUGUCUCAAGGAAGAUCUGAACCCACCAGCUUCGUUCUUCCAGCUUCAGCAUCUGCGCACCCUCGUCUUGUCCACCGCCUUCAUCUUAAAGUCUCCAGAUCUCAGCUCUCUUUCGUCUCUCACAGCAGUCUCCAUGGAAACCCCCGACAUUCAUUACAACCAGCUCUCCACCCUCCUUCAACUCACCAACCUCACGCGCCUCUCCUUGCCUGACGAGAUCAACGUGAUUUCAGCAGAUCCGCCCGCCUUCUCGCUCGCACAGCUUCCUCUCCACUCGCUCAAGUUCGGACCGUGUGAUGCGCACUUCAGCGUUUUUUUCCGUCCUGGAUCGCCGUACAGGUUCCUGAAACGCCUGCAGCUUAGCUAUUGCUUCAACCAGGAGCGGCUUCCAGACAAUAUCGGACAGGUGCUGCCGCGCCUCCAAGGGCUCAGCAUCAACGAGUGCGGAGCCUUGAGCGAUCUGACUGGCGAGAUCACGUCGCUCACCUGCCUGGAGAGCCUGACUGUAUGCCACUGCAGAGUGUACGAUCUGCCGGAAGACUUUGGCCAUCUUCCCGCCUUGAAAACCUUGGUGCUGAGCCGGCUGCUGCUCCGCACUCUCCCGGCCUCCUUCACCAGACUCGCAUCUCUGGAGACGUUUUUUCUGGAUUGGUGCGAAGACAUGGAGGAGCUUCCUGCAGGGUUUGGUCGCCUCACAGCCCUCCGGUCUCUGAGCCUUGCAGGGUCGUCCAUCUUGCAGCUUCCAGAAGACUUGGGCGGCCUGACCAACCUCCACACCUUCCAUUUUGAGAAGAACAGCCUGGGGCAGCUGCUGUCGCCAUUAGCGCAGCUGGCUUCGCUGACCAGGCUGGAGCUAAAAGGGUGCAAAAGUGAGCUUCCAGAGGGCAUGGGGGAGAUGACAAACCUGCAGGAGCUCUACAUUCAUCACUGCUAUUCUCGUGAGCUUCCAGAGGGUAUGGGGGAGAUGACAAACCUGCAGGAGCUUUACAUUCAUUCCUGCUCUUAUCUUAAGAAGCUUACGGAAGCUGUGACGUCGCUUGGCAGCCUUCGAGUGCUGAGGAUCACAGAGUGUGAAAAUCUCGUAUCGGUUCCCAGGAGGUUGGAUGGGCUAACCAGCCUGACGCAGUUGGAGGUGAGGGGGUGUUGGCGGCUGAACGAAGUCCCUCAGGCUCUGCCACUCAGUCUGCAGGCUCUCCGGUUCUCAGACAAUCAGGAGAUGGGGUCCAUGCCAGAUGUUUCAAGGCUUACAGGGCUCAGGGAGCUGUGCUUGCACACGGUGGACGCAGCCUGUAUUGAGGCCAUCGCCGAGCAUCUCUCGAAUGUGCAGCAUCUGGAGCUGGAGCUCACAGCGGGUGCGGAGGAGUCUCUGUCCGCGCUGACCAGGCUUCCUCGCCUCCGCAUCUUGACACUCGAAGGGGCGCGCAGUGUGAACACGCUGGUGGAGUGUGAGGGCUCGGGUUUGCAAGAGCUACGGCAGCUGAACAUCUCCAGCAUGAGGGGUGUUGGACUCACAGAGCUGCCUGCUGCCAUCACCACUCUCCACCACCUCACAUCCAUUAAGAUCAACGCGGAACACUUGUCGUCUCUUCCGCACUUCUUUGGGGCAUUUUCAAGGCUGCUCAAGCUGGACCUAUCCCACUGGUCAUCCCUCGUGCAUCUCCCUGCGUCUCUCACGCAGCUCUCCCGCCUGCAUGAGCUGAACGUCAGCUUCACCAGCAUCCGCCUUCUUCCGCCUGGCUUUGCUCAGCUCAGCAGGCUGAGGAGGCUUAAUCUCUGCACUCCAAUCAUACCCACCACACCUGUCAUACCCCCAACACCUGUCAUACCCCCAACACCUGUCAUUCCCCCAACACCUGUCAUUCCCCCAACACCUGUCAUUCCCCCAACACCUGUCAUUCCCCCAACACCUGUCAUACCCCCAACACCUGUCAUACCCCCAACACCUGUCAUACCCCCAACACCUGUCAUACCCCCAACACCUGUCAUUCCCCCAACACCUGUCAUACCCCCAACACCUGUCAUUCCCCCAACACCUGUCAUACCCCCAACACCUGUCAUUCCCCCCACACCUGUCAUUCCCCCAACACCUGUCAUUCCCCCAACACCUGUCAUUCCCCCAACACCUGUCAUUCCCCCAACACCUGUCAUUCCCCCAACACCUGUCAUUCCCCCAACACCUGUCAUACCCCCAACACCUGUCAUUCCCCCAACACCUGUCAUACCCCCAACACCUGUCAUUCCCCCCACACCUGUCAUUCCCCCAACACCUGUCAUUCCCCCAACACCUGUCAUUCCCCCAACACCUGUCAUUCCCCCAACACCUGUCAUUCCCCCAACUCCUCUCAAUCCCCCCACUCCUCUCAUUCGCCCCACUCCUCUCAUUCCCCCCACUCCUCUCAUCCCCUCCACUCCCCUCAUUCCCCCCACUCCUCUCAUCCCCCCACUCCUCUCAUUCCCCCCACUCCUCUCAUUCCCCCCACUCCUCUUAUCCCCCCCACUCCUCUCAUUCCCCCCGCUCCUCUUAUCCCCCCCACUCCUCUACUUCCCCCCACUCCUCUCACCCCCCCCACUCCUCUCAUUUCCCCCACUCCUCUCAUCCCCCCCACUCUUCCCCGCACUCAUCCCAAAAUUCCCAUUCCACCCAUAA